GUGUAUGACUGAGAGACUGCCGUCGGUCACACUGGCAGAUUACGCGACCGAAAGGCUGCGUUUUACUUUCCCGAUUGAAUUGCCUGAAUUUUUUGUGAUAAAAUAACAGACUUAAGAUGCACAAGGUGAUUCGACAGAUGGCCCAACUGCGCUUGCAGGCGCCACAGGGAGCAGUGCUCCUUAGAUCGGGGGAAAUUCUAAACACAAUAUCGCCACCACCUGCCCAACAAGUGAAAUCCCUACACACGGGAGCUUCCGCCGGAUUUCUAUGUGCCAAGUGGAAUAAGCACAACUACGGACCACGAAAAUGGCUGGAAUACAAUAAGACAGUGCAUCCACCUCAGGAGACUGACGAGGAGCCAAGGAAAGCGUACAUCUGCCAUAUGCGCAACAAUAUCAAAUACAGUCCGGACAAGAUGUGGUACAUUGCCGCCUUUGUCCGCGGAAUGUCCGUGGAUGAGGCCCUCAAACAGCUGAACUUUGUGCUCAAAAAGGGUGCCACUGAUGUGAAGGAGACCAUUUUGGAGGCCCAGCAAAUGGCUGUGGAACGACACAAUGUCGAGUACAAGAGCAAUUUAUGGAUAGCCGAAUCCUUUGUGGGCAAGGGACGUGUGUUUAAGGGCGUGAGGCGCCACGGCCGCGGUCGCUACGGCAAGGUGGAGUACAAGCACUGCCAUUACUUCCUCAGAUUAGAGGAGGGUGAGCCGCCGCAGCACUACUACCAGGAGCCGCAGACGCCGGAGCAGCAGUACGAGCAAUGGAUGGUGCAGAUGCGCAGCCGGAAGAUUAUCAACUCAUUGUAGCCUCCUAAAAACACCCACUUCCACUGUAUCAAUCCUUACUUUUCCAGUUCUCCUCUGCCAUCGCGUCCACACAUUAAGCAUUUUUGUUUUGUUUUUAGAAGAUUGUUUAAUAAAAAUAAAAACAAACGAAAAA